GUUUUGCUUGUUUCAGGCAAUAGCUCGUUCGAAUUUCCCCGAUAGCUCCACUUUGUUGGUAACUUGUGCUGGCAUUUUUAUACCUGAAGGUCUGCUUAUCUUGCCGCAUACCUACUUUUAAUAUAGCAACCCCCAACUCUGUUGGUUCGUGUUCCUGCAUCACACGCAUAUUCUGGGUAUCUGAGAUCGGCUCAAGAUGUCUCACGGCAGUAACAGCAUUGAGUUAGAAGCCUCGGGCAAACAGCCGCCCAUUCCAGUGAGCGUUGACGCUUCAGCCAGGCCGCCCGAGGACUCCAACAUCUACAAUGUUACCAGAACGCGCAAGGUGUUUUCUUUUUCGCAGCUUUUUGCUUUUUCGUUGACGUAUAUGGCAUUAUGGGAGGGUAUGUGCUCAAACAUGUACUUUGCCCUCUUCAAUGGCGGACCCCAAACCUUCCUGUUCAGCUUCAUCAUCGUCUUCUUCGGCGCCAUCUCCCAGGCUGCGUCGUUGGGAGAAAUGGCUUCGAUUCAGCCUGUCGCUGGCGCGCAAUACCACUGGACAUAUUACAUGGCACCUCAAUCGGUGAAGCGGUUCGCGACUUGGAUCCAAGGGUGGUCUACAUGGUUCGGCUAUGUGUCCCUGCUGGCUGCUAUUGCGAACGUCACUAUCAUCCUCCUCGAGUCGAUGAUCAGCAUCAACCAUCCCAGUUAUGUCGCUGGAGGAUGGCAUACCUCCGUUCUUGUCAUCGCCAUGUGUUUGGUCCAUGGGUUGAUGAACGUUUAUGCGUUCAAGCUCAUUCCUUGGGUUGAGCUUGUCGCUGGUGUUCUUCACGUUUGCCUCUUCGUCAUCUUUGUCGUUGUUCUUGUUGUCAUGGGCCCUCGAAACCCUUCGUCUUUCUGGCUGCAGCGUAACAUCUCUUCUGGAUGGGACAAUGAGUAUAUUGCUUGGAACUUGGGCAUGCUGACUUGCGUAUGGAGUUUCACGGGCUUCGACAGUGCUAUCCAUAUGUCCGAGGAGACCCGAAAGGCCAAGUCAGCCGUCCCCCGCGCUAUGUUCUGGUCCAUCUUCAUGAACGGCGUCCUCGGCUUCAUCAUGGUGAAUGUUCUCAUCUCUGCCAUGGGCUCCGUCGAAGACAUGCUCGAGCAACCCAGCCAGAUCCAAGCCAUCCUCCUCAACGUCACCGGCUCCAAUAAAGCUACCACUGCCAUGAUCGCCGGCCUCUUUAUCAUCUCAUUCAGUGUCAACCUCGCCAAUAUUGCAUCCGUCUCCCGUCUAACAUGGGCGUGGUCUCGCGAUGGUGGUAUGCCUGGCUACUUUGCGUAUGUCAGCCCUACUCAUCGCGUCCCUACACGCUCCAUCAUCCUCACCGUUUUCCUCGUCUGCGCUCUGAACCUUCUCAACAUUGGUAACACCUCCUACGUCGCUUUUGGUGCCAUCACAUCUCUAUCAUCUCUGGCCCUGUACCUCAGCUAUGCUAUUGCCAUUGCCAGUAUCAUAUAUGUUCGUCUCUCUGGAUCUACCAUCAAGCUUGGAGAGUGGAACCUUGGUCGCUUCGGCCUUCCCGUCAACGUCUUUGCUCUGGUUUAUACCCUCUAUGUCAUCAUCUUCCUCCCCUUCCCAUCAACUCUCCCAGUCACUGGGGAGAACAUGAACUACUGCGGCCCAGUCAUGGUUGCUGUGUUGGCCAUUGCUGUUGGUCUAUGGUUCACCCACGCUCGAAAGCACUGGAAUGGACCGAACCUGACCAUUCUUGAGUUUGUGGUUGCCAAUGCGUCAGAAUGAUCAUGAUGAACAAAAGCUUGAGCAUUAAUAUAGACUGAGGAUAGUAAUGGGCUUCCUUUGAC